AUGGAAACCUGUCUCUGCAGCACAGUUCAUAGCUUGGCCAAAGACUAUGACGCGGUCCAAGCCAAAGAACUUAUCCCUGCACUGAACCGCCACCUAGAAGAUCUGCGACAAUUUCUAGCGCAGGCGAAAUCGCUCAGUCGUCAACUGCAGUAUCAGAUCACACCGCGAAACCAACGAACCGAAAAGGCCCUCUUUGUAGACAAGGUUGACCUCACCCCUGUCAAUCGGGUAUGCUCAAUAUUCGAUAACGAUGUGGAUGGUUUCUGGGCGGGCUCGGUUGAUCAGGUUCAUCUUGAACUGCGUCGGCGACUUGCCUGCGUUGUGGUGUUUCUCCGAUCUCAAUUGGAUGCUCAGAUACUGGCCCCUCCUCAAGUGGCUGAAGUCUUCUCUGGAGUGCCGAAUCUCACAGAUAUGAGAAACCCUGGCAGGAAAUAUGUUCAGAUAGCCCAGAGACUUGGUGGUGUAGGAGCAAUCUUCUGGCUCCCACUGAAUAUACCUCCUUCGACUUAUGAAAGAUAUCUCAGCAUUGACGAUGAAGAAGUAUUUAGUCAUUUGUCAUCUCUUAACCCAGCAUUUCAGAAUUACAAUGACCUUGUACAGCGCCUGGUGUUCAGCCAACUAUGCGACCCUUCUUUCCCAGUGCCGUAUCACAAUCUCUUUGGCGAGCUGACUCAAUUUAUUCCUGCUGAAGACCAGUUUUUACUUAUAAUGUACGCACUCGGUGGCACCGACAUACCAGAAAUCUUAUUGAAAAGUGUUCGCUUGCCACAAAGACGCUGGAACUCCGGCGGGGAGGUAGAUCAAACCAGUGCUGCUCAGUUUGGCCUUCCUAACACCGUCGUCGAUCUUUUAUACAAUGAAGCAAUGCUCUCUGAGACCAUAGCAGGGCCGUAUGUUGUCGAUCGAAUCCGGGAAGACAAUACCGUAGCUUGGUCCCUCAGCCCCGAACUCAUGUCGAGUUUCGAGGAAGUUUUGACCCCACAAACGGUAGAAGUGCUUGAAACGACAGCGUUGAAGCUCAUUUGCUUUGUUUGCCCACUGUGCUAUGAGGGUAACACGGACUGGUCACCGUUGUUGAAACAAGAAGUUUGGACAAUACUCGAAAGGCUUCUGAAAACAUGCAAGAUAUCAGUUUCCCUCAGGACCCACGUUAUUGAAGCCGUCCUGUAUUUUGGGGAGAGAGACUCAGUUGCCCUCCGCCAUGCUGCCGUCAUACAGGCCAAAAUCCUGUUACGAAAGUCAAUGCCCUACUAUCUCCACGCCUCAGUCGUGCUCUUCCGCAGCAUACUACAUCGCGUUGAUGGAGAACUUGCCAAGUCGGAAGCACACAUACGUGACUUUCUGUGGCGAGGGCCACGCCCAACUACCCGUCGGGACCAUGCACUUGAAGGUCGCCUUCAUAUUUCCCAGAUGGAAAACAAGAUCAAGUGCUACGAUAAUGAUGUACCUUCAUUUGCCUACAAGUGGAAAGCGAAGCAGCCAUUGUCAACUCUGGACAUGGAAGUGACUUUUCGGCUCCAGAGCACAGCAGCGCGAUACUUCCAAUCCAUCGGUGAUUUUGACGCAGCAAGGGCUUCUCUGGAGCAAUUUCUAUCACUAGGGCGAAUCAAACCUAUACCCGAGAACUCACACCGAGUCUUGCUUGGAAGAUUAGCUGAUAUGUACUGCGAGAUGGGAGAGUACCUCAAAGCUAUCGUGAUACUGGAACCUGAACUUGAGCGUAUCAAUACAUGUGACCGCAUGCGUCGUGGAUUCAGAAGGCUCAUUCUGGCACUGGUAGAGGCGAACAUCGGGCUGAAGCAAUUAGAUGCAGCAGAGUCGACACUAGAGGAGUUACUGAGUGAUCCACCUCCCUGCCCAGACGAUAUCAACGACCGACAGCUACACAUAAGGACACUAAUAGCAUCAGCUCGCAUAGCUCAUAUUAGGGGAGACCCAGGUGAAGCUAUGCUGCGCUGGACACUUGCGCUUGCACAAGUUAGUCACAUGCAUGCUCUCGGUUCAUCUCGUGGGUUCAUAGCCGCUGUGUGUCACUUGUCCCUGGCUCACGCACAGCUCUCGACCGGUGAGAAAGACGAGGCUCAUAGCUCAUGGAAAACAGGGCUGAAGAUCUUGGCGAGUGAGAAAUGCGAGUUUUGGAUUCCUGUUGUGCCUACUGCUUGGCUUCGGAGGGUAGCCGCCGAUAUGUACUAUUCCCAAGGUUGGCCGUUUCGCAUGAUGCUGCCGGGAGGAAAGCCGGAUAUCACACAGCAUUCCUUUCAGAUUAAUCACCAGAGCCUAUAUAAGCUUCUUUAA